CUUCAUCUACUUCUUCUUCUUCGGAAUCUCUAAAUGUACCAGUGUAUUCAUCACAAAAGGAAAACAUUGUCCCAUUCAGAAAUGAAAAUAUGGACUUGAAUACAACAAUUUUGCCAUCCUCAUCUCCAUGCGCUUUCCGCACUACGCUAAAUAAAACAUCAAAGAAUGCAUAUGUAAAACCACCAGUCAAGCGCAGUCCAUUGGCAUCAAAUUUAUCACCGAUGAGAAAAGCGAAGAUACCCAAAGUGAGUCCGGAGUCUGAAGAAGUGCAAUAUGCUAUCUUAGAUGCUUUGCGGGAAGAACAUGUCGGUUCGGAUGCAAUAAAAGGCAUAUUGCUUCGACUUGGCGAAGGACUACGUCGCCUUCCAUACCGGAGAAGGGCGGAAUUAGAGAUUGAAUGGCUACGACAACUAAGAGAAGCGGAACUAGAGUGCAAUGAAAUACCGUAAAGGGUACACAUUACAAAUGUAAUAGUGUACAUU